AUGGAUUUUGACAAUAAUUUUUCUAGUUCAAGUGAUGAAAUAUAUGAUAACAUGAUGUUGGAUUGGGUUGAAAAGAGUAAGAGUUUGCGACUUACAGAGCAAGCAAUAACUUAUGAUGUUGCCUCAACCAUUAAACAAAACGUCUUAAAUAGGUCAAGUAAGAAGACACAUAGGAAAGUUGUUCCUAGAGAUCGUGAGGGGGCUAACGAGAGAUUAAUUAGGGACUACUUCUGUAACCAGCUGUUGUAUGAUGAAGGCCAGUCUCGGCGAAGGUUUCACAUGCGAAAGGAGGUUUUCCUUCGCAUUGCUAAUGCUUUGGCUGCAACUGACUCCUUCUUCAAACAGAGGCAAGAUUCUACUGGGCGAUUAGGGGCAUCAACUCUACAAAAAUGCACUGCGGCAAUACGACAAUUAGCAUAUGGUACUUUAGCUGACCAAGUUGACGAAUAUGUGAAUUUGGGUGGAAGUACGGCAAGAGAAUGUCUUACCCAAUUUGUUAACGAGGUGACUGCUCAAUUCUUGAGCGAUUACCUAGGAAGGGCCCACUGA